UGACCUGAGCAUGCGCACGGCCAGCACACCCAGCCCAGCACUGAUAUAUCCACCAAAUCCGCACAGCUUCCAGAAUGGCAGAGAAUCUUCCACGUCUUCCUCCUCCGUCACCGGAGAGACUAUUGCUAUGGUUCACUCGCCUCCUCCCACUCGCCUCACCCACCCCCUCAUCCGGUCUGCCUCUCGCCUUCAGAAGGAACGGGCCAACGUAGAUCGACUCCCGGACCCUGCCAUGAUCCAGAUUUUCUCCUUCUUGCCCACCAAUCAGCUGUGUCGCUGUGCCCGCGUGUGUCGCCGCUGGUACAAUCUUGCUUGGGACCCGCGCCUUUGGAGGACAAUUCACCUGACGGGUGAGACAAUCAAUGUGGACAGGGCUCUGAAGGUUCUGACUCGGCGGCUCUGUCAGGACACGCCAAACGUCUGUCUUAUGUUGGAGACGGUCAUUGUUAGUGGCUGCAGGCGGCUCACCGACAGAGGACUGUACACCAUUGCCCAGUGCUGUCCAGAACUGAGGCAGCUGGAGAUGUCAGGUUGCUACAACAUUUCCAACGAGGCUGUCUUCGAUGUGGUGUCACUGUGUCCAAACCUGGAACACUUGGAUGUGUCAGGUUGCUCCAAAGUGACAUGCAUCAGUUUGACCCGGGAAGCCUCCAUCAAGCUGUCCCCUCUGCAUGGGAAACAGAUUUCCAUCCGCUACCUGGACAUGACUGACUGCUUUGUUCUGGAGGAUGAAGGGCUCCACACUAUUGCAGCCCACUGCACUCAGUUGACUCAUCUCUACCUGCGCCGCUGCAUCCGCAUCACUGAUGAAGGGCUCCGCUACCUGGUGAUCUACUGCAUGUCCAUUCGGGAGCUGAGCGUGAGCGACUGCCGCUUUGUCAGUGAUUUUGGCAUGCGUGAGAUUGCGAAGCUGGAGUUGCGCCUGCGGUACCUCAGCAUCGCCCACUGUGGCCGUAUCACCGAUGUAGGCAUCCGAUAUAUCACCAAGUAUUGCAGCAAGUUGCGCUACCUCAAUGCGCGGGGCUGUGAGGGCAUCACGGACCAUGGAGUGGAGUACCUUGCCAAAAAUUGCACAAAGCUCAAGUCCCUAGACAUUGGGAAAUGCCCUCUGGUCUCAGAUGCUGGCUUGGAGUGUUUGGCUCUGAACUGCUUCAGCUUAAAGCGACUGAGCUUGAAAUCAUGUGAAAGUAUCACUGGGCAAGGCCUUCAGAUUGUCGCAGCCAACUGCUUCGACCUGCAGAUGCUGAACGUUCAGGACUGCGAGAUCUCAGUGGAAGCUCUGCGGUUUGUUCAACGCCACUGCAAGCGUUGCAUCAUUGAACACACCAACCCUGCCUUUUUCUAAAAUGAAACCUCACACUUAUUGACAAAAGCAAAGUAUUAUUUUAAAAAAUCUGUAUGUGCACACACCAUCUAUAUGGUACAACUGUAUCUUCCCUGUUCCAGUGGAAGACAUAGAGCUUAGCAUCUUUGUGGGGUCCCCAGAACACCCUUUAGUGGCCUUUCUCAAGUUCGCUAAAUCCCUCCAGCACUGAUUAUUCUAAAAACAUAACUCACUAGCUGCUGUGGCUACUGAAGCGAUGAUAGAGGUAUAUAUGUAAAAUUCAGAAAACAAAAGGCAAAUAACACAUGUCCACGUUUAGUUGUAUUGUUAAAGACUGUUGUGGGUUUCUGGGCUGAGAGGCCAUGGUCUGGUAGUUUUUGCUCUUAACGUUUCACCCACCUCUAAGACUGGCAUCUUCAGGGGCAUAUCACUGUGAGAUCUCCACACUGUGCACAGAGAAAAGCACAUUUCUUAGCAUGACAUGCCUCUGAAGAUGCCAGCCAUAGAGGCGGGUGAAAUGUUAGGAGUGUCAUGGGCUGUGAUUUACCUAACUCUUGCUUGUGAAGAAAUCCCACUGAAGCCACUGGAAGAAGUCAAUCAUAAUUCUCAGUCUCAUUUCUUUCAAUGGAACUUAAGCAAAAUGAGUUUAACUGAGGCUGUGAUGUUGCUGUUUGUCUGAAAGUGGUUUGGCAUUUUCAGUGCCAAAAUGCAACGUGGAGGAGAAGUGCACGACAGCCGCCACCUCUGAGCAGCCAGCCACGAUAUUCCAGCAGAGAAUGGGGAAAUUGGCUUUUAGGCAUAUAUGAAGUGUUGUCUGUGACUACUGGACAAAAUGCCUGCCACAGAUCUUUGCUGCUCCAACGGGAGACCACCACCCCACCAGCAGGACCAUCAGCCACCUUCUUUUAAAUUAGACCUUUGUAAGAAACACCUGCGCUAACAAGGUCAAUCUCUUCGCUGCCAUCCUGUGCCUUGACACUUGUGCAUUGGAUCUCCCUUGGGACUCUUGUCCCAGAACCUUUUCCCAUGCUCCACCUUACUCAUAAUAGAAGGCAUGCCCAGAUGACAACCCCUCCACCGGGGGGGGGGCAUUCCAUCCUGCUCCCCAAAGCAGCAGCAGAAGCCCUGAGGCCUCCCUCCCCCAUCCCAAGCCAACCUUUCCACCCUCCCCAACCCUAGUCACGCAUUCUGACCCUACCCCACCCCUCACCUCACCUCGCCACCCUCCCCCACCCCCAAGGCACACCUCUCCAACCUCUCCCACCCCCAAGCCACAGCCCCAGAACCAGGGGAGUGGCAAGCGUCACCCCAGGGGCAGGGCCUGCUACAGCCUCAGCAAAGCCCAUUGCGGGGGAGUCCUUCCCCCCCUUUGGCUGGGGCCCACUGCAUCUCCCCUGCAACAGGCUUUGCUGCCAGUAGUUCAUCAAAGAUAUGCGAAUUCUGUGUCAGUUGCUGAGGAGGAGGAGGCCUGGCACUAAAGUCCUCGGCAAUUCAGGGGUGAAAGCAUUUGUGAGGACCGUGUGUCCUGACUCCCACCGUGCCUCCUCCUCCUCCUUCUCAAUCUCUUGGGAUUUGCUAGGCUUGCCUUUCCAUCUAGUUCCAUAGGUGGCCAACCUGUGGCCCAGGUACCAUAAGUGUGGUUGUGGCCCAGAGUCAGCCCUCCUACAGAUUCUUCUUCCUUAGUUGAGCAUGUUAAAGGCAAACCAUAAGGGACAGUCAGACAGCAGGACUUUUCAUGCUCAGCUCAAGGCCCAGUUCCUAAAAGGUUUAGCCAUCGUUUAUCUCGCCUUUCUGUGACUGGAGAAGGCAGGCCGGCAUCUUCCUGCCCAUCACAUGGAGCUGUAGAUUUAUUUGUUCUGGUUACCACCAAUUUGGGAUCAGCCAGACCACACUGAUUCAUAUGCUAACUCAAGGCCCAAAGGUUUGUCUGGGCCUAGUUUUUUCACUGGAUGUAGACAUUGGCUGCAGUUCAAAUGUUCCUUUCCUGGCAGUACGGGCCACUUCACGCAAAUUCUUCUGCUUAGAUGUACUUAGGAUUGUUCCCAGAGCAGACGGAAUCUGUGAGCGGCGAUGGUGGGAAGUGCCAUUAAGUUGCAGUCAACCCUCAUGGGAUUUUGAAGGCAAGAGACGUUCAGAGGUGGUUUGCCAUUCCCUGCCUCUGCUUGGUGGUCUCCCCAUCCAAGUACUAGCCAAGACUGACCCUACUUAGCUUCUGAGAUCUGAUGAGAUGAGGCUCACUUGGGCCAUCCAGGUCAGGGUUGCCAGUUUUGAGGUGGAGCCUGAAGAUCUCCCAAAAUUCCAGCUGACCUUCAGAUGUCAGAGACCAUCCCCCCACCCCGCGCGCGCUUUGGAGUGUGGUCUCUGUGGCAUGAGUAGCCCUGCCCCUCUCAAGCCUCCCUCUCGCAGGCUGCACCCCAGGAUCUCCAGGUGACCCCCUAUCCAGGCCAAGGCAAAACUGAGAGGGGCCCAAGAAUUCUGCAGCAGGGACCUACCUGAAAGGCGAUUUUUGCUUCUUCUUUUUGGAUAGUUGGAUUAGUCCUCUCACCCUCCACGUACCAGCCUGGCUCCAAGCAUGAAAUACUCUAGACAGACUUUGAAAUGAGACCGGGGGGGGGGGGGGGCAAGGUUAAGAGUGAGCAUUUUUCUCAGUCUAGCAAGGCUAAAUGAAAUCUGAGGUUUAUUAAGAGAUAUAAGAGAAAUCCCUUCAUAACUCCUGAGCAAUAAGGACAUGUUCUUAUGUAUCUUAAGGGCUUUACAACAAGAUUCCUUGUCCAUUUUGGCCCCAUUUCUCCCCCCCCCCCCCCGGUGCAGAUCUUGUCUCUCCAAAACGUAGCUGCUGCUGCCACCCUGUGGAAUCUGUGUGGUUUCUUCAAUAAUAUCUCUGCUCACAGUCAGGAUACCUGAGUUUGGAUCUCUGUUCUCAUGCACUUUUUGGAAACCUAAGUUGGGAAAUUCUUCUUUUAAAAACUUCUUGUGGUUGUAACAACUGCAUUUCUCCCAGAUGUUUCAUUGAAGACAUCUG